AUAAGAAAAGAGAGAGUAAGUAAUCAUUACAUUUCAUAGAAGAACAUCUUAUAAGAAUUACAUAUCAAUGAAGUAUAAACUAUAUUAGUGAAGCGUGAAUUAUACAUCAAAAAGUUAUACAAGAAUAGAUAAAGAGUUUUGAUUGGAAAAAAAAAAAAAAAGAAACGUGAGAAGAUAAUGGCCUACAUUGAAAUCUUAUGCGGAAUCAUCGUGUCGCUCUUGGCUCUCUAUUACUAUUUCGUAUCGGCUUUCAAUUUUUGGAAAAUUCGUGGAAUCCCUGGACCAAAGCCAAAAUUCUUAUUUGGAAACUUUAUGGACAUCAUAUUGUCAAGAAUUUCAACACCUACGUUUAUUAAAAACAUCUACGAUACGUAUACGAACGAGCCUAUGGUCGGAUUGUACGUGGGACGAAAUCCAAUUCUGUUUCUAAAAGACCCCGAAUUAAUCAAGGAUGUAUUGAUCAGGGAUUUUUCGAAAUUCGCAGAUCGAGGAUUUAACGUUCAUGAAAAGGUAGAACCAUUGUCGCAGCAUCUUUUCAACCUGGAGCCAAAAAGAUGGCGUCCGUUGAGAUCGAAGCUAUCCCCGAUAUUCACAUCGAAAAAAUUGAAAGAAAUGUUCAACCUGAUCCUCGAGUGUGGCCACCAUUUUGAAAAAUACCUGGACGAGCUCGCGGCGCAACGAGAGCCCGUCGAUUUUCGCGAGGUAGCAGCAAAAUACACGACAGACGUGAUCGGUUCGUGCGCCUUCGGAAUCAAAAUGAACGCUAUGUCGAACGAGGAGAGCGAAUUUCGAGAAGCUGGUAGAAAAAUCUUCGAACCCACUUGGAACUCCAUAAUAAGAUUGAAAUUUAAAAUGACCAUGCCAACGCUCUACGAUUUAUUGGGUCCUCUUGUGCCUGAAAGGGAAGUUACUCCGUUUUUCAUCAAGGUCGUCACGGAUACCAUGAAGUACAGGAAAGAGAAUAACGUGUUCAGGCCCGACUUCAUCGAUACGUUGAUGAAACUACGCGAUGAUCCAGGAAGCUUGGGCGAUAUCGAAUUGACCGAUGCUUUCCUAACUGCGCAAGCAUACGUUUUCUUCGCCGCUGGUUUUGAAACUGGAGCGUCGACGAUUAGUAAUACGCUUUACGAAUUGGCACAGAGUCAGGAAAUACAAGACAAGCUGAGGCAAGAGAUUCGAGAACAUUACGAUAAAUACAAGGGAGAGUUGAUAUACGAGAAUAUUAAAGAGAUGGAAUACUUGGACAAAGUGUUUCAAGAAACAUUAAGGAAAUAUCCACCUGGAACUUUGAUACCAAGAAGAUCAGUUUCUGAUUACACUUUCAAAAACACGAAUGUUACUAUACCGAAAGAUACAAUGAUAUGGAUUCCUGCAUUCCCGAUUCAUCGUGAUCCCAACAUUUAUCCAAAUCCUGACGAUUUCAAUCCCGAAAAUUUCACCGAAGACGCUAUUAAUAAUCGUCAUCCCAUGAAUUAUUUAGCCUUUAGCAAUGGACCAAGAAAUUGCAUCGGUGCACGGUUCGCUAACUAUCAAGUCAAAGUUGGUUUAAUUAUGAUUCUUCGUAAUUACAAGGUGGAAGUUUGCGAGAAAACUAUGAUUCCCUACCAAUUCGAUCCAAAUUUAUUUCUAUUGGGUCCCAAAGGAGGGAUAUAUUUAAAAAUAAUGAAAGUAUAAAAUCGAAGUUGUAUUAUAUUUUUAUAUAAUACAACAAAUUUUAAUUUCGAUUGUUUUAACCAAAUAAUUUUGCUGUAAAAAGAGAUUUACGCGUAUUAAUUUUUAAGACUUAAAGGAAAAAUAAGCUGUGCAAUAUCAUAUCGUUUAAAUAUUACUUUGUUAAUUAUAAAUUAUAUAUUAUAUAUUAUAAUUAUAUGUAAUAUUAUUUAAAUUUAAAUUAUUGUAUAUAUAUAAUUAUUAUUUAUUUCUAAUGAGAUUACUAUAUUAUUAUUAUUAUUAUUAUUAUUUAUUGUGGUAUUAUUAUGUUAUUAUUAUUAUCUUAUUUAUUGUGAGAUUAUAUCUUCAAUAUUUUAUAAAAAUAAAAUAAUUUUUUUAUAACGAUUCAAAA